AUGACUUCGCAUUUUAUCAAUAUAUGCAAAUUUGUAACUUCACGUAACGAUUACAUUGCUUUUCAAAAAUAUUCCAAUUCAAUUAUUGAAACUAAAUUUCAGAAUUCACAACAAAUUCCACGUUUAAAUUCAAAUUCUUGUUUAACACCACCACCACCAAAAGUCAUUUAUAUAAAUGGAUAUAAUUCAGAGAUGCAAACUUCCAAAAAAGUCGCAUACAUUACAAAAUUUUGUGAAAAUUUUGGUAUUGAUCUUUUAACUUUUGAUCAUUAUGCACAUGGUCUUUCAACUGGUUCAUUUUUGAAGGCAACAGUUGGUAGAUGGUAUAAAGAUUUAUGUUUAUUGAUAGAAAAAAAAACUAGUGGACCACAAUUAUUGAUUGGAUCAAGUAUGGGAACUUGGUUAGCUUUAUUAGUGGUAUUAAAAAACAAAAACCUAAGGAAUAGAAUUCAUGGUAUUAUUGGGAUAGCACCUGCAAUCAAUUUCACAGAGAUAAUUUUGAAUGAAAUUUUAGAAUUGAAUAAUGAUAAAUUAAAUGAUCAAAAUGAUCAUAAAAAUAACGAAUCAAUUUUAUUUGGAACAAGAACGAUACAAAAUGAGACACAUAAUGAAUCUCAAAUUGUAUAUAAUAGACCAUCUAAAUAUUCGCCUACAGGAUAUUAUCCAAUGACACUACACUUUCUGCAAGAAUCUCGAGAGCAUUUCAUUAAUCAACAGGAAUUAGUUAAUGGCAUUCCAUGUCCGAUCGUAUUAAUACAUGGUCAACAAGAUCAAGACAUAUCAUAUCAAGAAACUUUAAAAUGGUCAAAAUUAUUGUCCGGAAAAAAUGAAGAAAAUGUUAAAAUAAAAUUGAUAUCAGAUGGAGAUCAUCGAUUGUCAAGAGAACAAGAUUUAAAAAUAUUAGGAAAUGAGAUUGAAAAUAUGUGUUUCGGAUAUUAA